AUGAUCCGGGAGGUUGUCGUCCGUGACACCGACGAUGCACCGCACAACAACACAAACCCUUCUCCCCCCCAGUCGCCAUCGGGACCAUGGUGGAACAUGCGGUGGAGCACCCUCCCAUCGGUCCGCUGCACAGAGGUCGGGCAGGGCGCCAAAGUGUCGGCACCGGCGUCGGAUGAGUUUGCCGCUGUCGGACAGCUGAUGGCAGUCGGCCGGCGCGAUGAGCUCGUCCCGUUCGGCUGCUGUUGCCCGGGCCUCUUCCUCGGCGCUGCCGGGUCGCGCGUGAAGCUGGCCUAUGAGCAGUACGCCCAGAGGUUCCCGAAUAAACUCAAGCACUGCGGCGCGCUCCGGUCUGACAAGGGCUCGCUGGUCGGGUUUUGCCAGCUCCAGCUGGCCGGCGACCCAGGCAACCUCGCUGUCCAGGAGUGGGCGCGCAUCAAGCUGUUGCCAGACGAGGCAUACCUCGAGUGGCUCGGCACCGCGCCAUCUGCCCGGGGAAAGGGCAUUGGAAGGAAGAUGCUAGCGUGGGCGUGCGAAAAGGCGCGCAUUUCAGGCGCAGGGCACCUCAGCCUUCACGUCAAGCGGGGCAGCACCGCCGCGAGGCGGCUCUUUGAGGAGGCGCGCCCUGCUGACUUCGUCGUCAAGCCGGACCCGCAUGCUGAGCGGGGCGGCGCUGUGACAGACGCCAUCUGA